AUGGCUCCUCCCCCGCCUGCGACGCUGCCGCUGCUUGAGCGGCUCAAGAUGCUGGCUCAGACGCUCCAAUUUGCGUGGUUCAUAGGGCACUUUACGCUGAUCCUCGCCGUGUUCCGCUACCUGCUCUCCUGCAUCACCUUCAGCACCUACACCACCGUCGCCCAGGGCUCGUACCGCUUCGCCUUCGUUGCGGCUGCUGCUACCUACGGCAUCGUCGUCUACAAGGGCUACGUUGCCCGCGGCCGGCUCGGAGGCAACAUUCCAACCGACAUCAUCAAGCUUGCCGGCGAUGAGAACGUCCAGUAUCUCGGUAGGGCGCACAAACACACGCACACACACAUAUAUACAUAUUUUUUUACGAGAUAUUGGAUUAUUAUACUGACAACAUCAGGAAUGGCCCUUGUAUGGCUGUGCUCGCGCCAGCUGCUCUUCGCCCUGCUCCCCUUCGCCAUCUACUCCUUCUUCCAUGUCGCCACAUACACCCGCACGUACCUGAUCCCGACUUUCCAGCCCUCCCCUGAUGCCGGUCCAGCCUCGCCCUCCGGCAGACCGGCCGCCGCCAAAUCCUCCCCCCUGGCAGAUCAGAUCGGCCGUUUCGUCAAGACAUACUACGACACCAGCAUGGCCAUGGUUGCCGCCCUGGAGCUCUCGCUGCUGAUCAGACUGAUUUUCACCGCCUUGACCUUUAGCAGUGGAAGCUGGCUGCUGCUCGUCAUCUACUUCUGGUUCUUCCGCUCUCGGUACACGCAGAGCUCGUUCGUGCAGGCCGUGGUCGCCCAUUCGACGGCCAGGAUCGAUGCCAUGCUCUCCCACCAGAGUACCCCGCCAGCUGUCCGCCAGGGAUGGGAGGUUGUCAAGAAUGCCGUUCGACGGCUGUACACCGUUACCGACCUGAAGCCAUAUCUCGCUCGGUUCCAGCAGCAGCAGGGUCCCGGCAAGAAGCCGCAGUAG